AUGCAAGGUUAUUAUAAAAAGUAUUUAUUUCUUAAUUCAAAGAAGCUGUGGAUGAUUUUGAAGAUGAUUUUUUAGCAAUUAAAUAAAUCUCCAAGUAUCCAGAUGCCUAAUAUAGAAAGGGUAUUUUAUUUUUAUAAUUUAGGAUUUGCUUUGUAUAAUUUAAGUUCUUAGAAUGAAGCUUUAUAAAAUUACAAUCAGUAAAUCAAAGACGAACCAACGUUAUAUUAUUAUAGAGGUUUUUGUAAAUUAUUAAUAAUUUUGGUAUAAUAUUAAUCAAGAUUGGUAAAUAAAAAAUGCUUUGACAGACUUUAAAAAAUCAAUAUUAGAUCCAAGUGA